AUGAAAACGGCUUUGAUGGUGGCUGAAAAGCCAUCUUUAGCUCAAAAUCUCGCUAACUUACUUAGCAAUGCUAAAUGUACCACAAAUAAAGCGUCUAACUCUGCUUGUUCAGUACAUGAAUGGAACGGAACUUUUAAAAAUGAACCUGUCCAUUUUAAAAUGACUUCGGUAUGCGGUCACGUUAUGAGUUUGGAUUUCACCGGCAAAUACAAUAAUUGGGAUAAGGUGGACCCUGUAGAAUUGUUCAGUUGUCCCACCGAGAAGAAGGAGGCUAUGCCGAGAUUGAGGAUACCGGCAUUCUUAGCUCAAGAAGCAAAAGGCUGUGACUAUCUCAUCUUGUGGCUUGAUUGUGAUAAAGAAGGCGAAAACAUUUGCUUUGAAGUGAUGAGUUGUGUCCAGCCUUACAUGAAGGGAGAUGUCUGUUCACCUCUGGUGACAUACAGAGCAAAAUUCUCAGCCAUCACAGAAAAAGAUAUCAAAGCAGCUAUGUUAAAUUUGGUCAGACCUAAUGAGAAUGAAUCUCGCAGUGUUGAUGCACGCCAAGAACUUGACCUGCGCAUUGGAUGUGCUUUUACACGGUUUCAGACAAAGUAUUUUCAAGGUAGAUAUGGAGACCUUGAUGCAUCACUCAUAUCUUAUGGUCCAUGUCAGACACCAACGCUAGGCUUCUGUGUGCAACGCCAUGAUGAGAUACAAACCUUCAAGCCUGAGACUUUCUGGGUACUAAGAGUGACUGCAAGCACCUCGGAAGGUAGAGAGCUGCCAUUAGAAUGGAAAAGAAUCAGAUGUUUUGAAAAAGAGAUUGCUAAUAUGUUCCUUGCUGGCAUCAAGGAGAUAAAGGAAGCUACCGUGGUUAACGUCCAAGCCAAAGAGAAAGUAAAACCUCGCCCUGUUGCCUUGAAUACUGUAGAACUGAUGCGAGUGGCCAGUGCUGGUCUUGGCAUGGGACCACAUCACGCUAUGCAGGUGGCGGAACGAUUGUAUACACAGGGUUAUAUAUCAUAUCCACGUACUGAAACUACCAGCUAUCCAGAAAAUUAUGACUUAAUGGGCACUCUACGACAGCAGCAGAACUCGAGCAAAUGGGGAGCAGAAGUGCGAGCCAUCAUCGCCAGCGGUAUGAACCGACCGAAGAAAGGACGUGAUGUGGGUGACCAUCCUCCCAUCACGCCCAUGAGACCUGCUUCUGAGUCGGAGUUAGAAGGCGACAUGUGGCGUAUCUACGACUACGUGACUCGCCACUUCAUAGCGACGCUGUCCCGCGACUGCAAGUAUCUCUCCACCACCAUCACGUUCCAGAUCGGCUCAGAGACCUUCUACUACACGGGGAACACGCUCGUCGAUGCUGGCUACACAGAGAUCAUGCAUUGGCAGGCGUUCGGCAAAGACGAGUUUGUGCCGCUGCUCAAGGUUGACGAAGUACUGAAGGCUCACGACCACAGGCUCGUGGAAUGCCAAACAUCACCCCCCGACUACCUCACUGAGUCUGAAGUGAUCACACUGAUGGAGAAGCACGGCAUCGGCACGGACGCGUCGAUCCCGGUGCACAUCAACAACAUCUGCCAGCGCAACUACGUGACCGUGGGCAGCGGCCGCCGGCUCGUACCCACCAACCUGGGGAUCGUGCUCGUGCACGGAUACCAAAAGAUCGAUCCAGAAUUAGUAUUACCAACAAUGCGUUCAGCCCUAGAAGAGCAACUGCUGCUCAUAGCACUUGGGCGAGCUGACUUCCACGCGGUGCUGGCACACACCACGGAGAUAUUCCGGCGGAAGUUCCAGUACUUCGUGAGGUCUAUCGAAGCCAUGGACCAGCUUUUCGAGGUCAAUUUCUCUUCGCUAAAGAGCAGCGGCAAAGCUUUGUCCAGGUGUGGGAAGUGCAGGCGUUAUAUGAGAUAUAUUCAGGCGAAGCCAGCUCGCCUGCACUGCUCGCACUGCGACGACACGUACGCGCUGCCGCAGAACGGCACCGUGCGCAUCUACCGCGAGCUCAAGUGCCCGCUCGACGACUUCGAGCUGCUCUCCUGGUCCUCCGGCAACAAGGGCAAGAGCUUCCCGCUCUGCCCCUACUGCUACAACCACCCACCGUUCAGGGGCCGGCCCGACCCACCCCUCCCGCCCCUCAGGGCUGACCGCCGGCCCAGCCCCGGGCCCCCGGGGACCCCCCCCCCCCUUCAGGGCGGUGGAACCCGCCACCACGGCUGCCGGCCGCCCCCCGCGGCCCCUCCACCGGGCCCGCCCCUUUCACCCCCCCCCCCGGGGUGGGGGAAAACCCCCCCCGGGGGGCCCCCCCCCCACCGCUGCCCCCCCUUUUUUACGCGACCGCCUUUCAGCCGCCGGGUCCCUCCCCUACCCCCCCUUAAGGGUGGGGGAACCCGCCGGGCACGCGCCUCCCCCGGCCCCCCCCCCGCCUUCCCGGGGGGCCCCCCCGGCCUUUGGGCCCCAAACCCCCCACCCCCCUAUUUAUACAGGUGUCGGGGGCCGCCAGCGCCCCCCGCCCCCCCCCAAAACCCACUGACCGCCCCUUUAAAGGAGGGGCCCUUUCAGCGGCCGGGCCCCUACCCUACCCCCCAAAAAAGGUGGGGGAACCCCCAGGCACGCGCCUGCCCGCCCCCCCGACUGACCCCGCCUUUGCGACCCGGGCCCUUCCGGCUCGGCGUACCCCUACCCUACCGCCCCUCUAUAAAGGUGCGGGGAGUCCGCCCCGAGCGCCGCGCCGCCCCCCGCCCACCCAUGCCCGCCCCCCCGGCCUUCAGCGCGCUCUGGUACCCUACCUCCGCCCUCUCUUACAGGUGCGGGGAGUACCGCGCCCCCGCGCUCCCCCCGCCAUCCCGACAUGCGCCCCUUCUGGGCGGCCUUCGCGCGCCUCUACCCUACCCCCCCCUACCAAAUCGGUGUCGGGGGAGCCGCGCCGGCGCAGGGCCCUGCCGCCGCCUAGGCCCCCCCCCCUUUCCCCCCUUCCCCUUUGGUUUCCCCCCCCAACCCGGGCGGGGAUCCCGCGCCGGCGCCCCCGGCCGAUCCCGCCGUGCCCACCCAGCCCCUUCAGGGCCGGGGAAAAACCCCCCACCCCCCCCCGGGGUUCGGGGGAAACCGCCCCGGGCCCCCCACCCCCCCAUCCCACCCCCCCCAAAACCAGGGUUCAGGGGGGGGUACCCCCCCACCGCCCCCAUCAGGGCGGGGGAACCGCCGGGCCCACGCGGCCCCCCCCCCCAAAUGCCGCCCCCCUACGCCCCCUUACCCUGUGCGUCCCAUACCCCCCCCCGGGCCGGGGGAGCCCCCCCAAACGCACGCGCCUCCGCCGCCUCACCAAUACCCCCCCCCUUUUACCGGGGGGGUAGGCGCCCCCACCCCCCCAACAGGGCGGGGGGACCGCCAGCGAGCCUCCCCGCCCCACCCCCUCCCUAUCGGGCCGGUGGGCCGGGGGGACCCCCCUCCCGCCCCCCAACAGGUGGGGGGUUACCGCGGGGGGCCCGCGCCCCCCCCGCCCACCAAACCCGCCUCCUCUACGGGGGGGGUUACGCGCCGGCGCCCUCCCCGCCUCCAAUGGGGGGAACCGCGCCAGCCCCCCGGCCCCCCCCCUCCCACAUACCCCCGUUAGGGGGGCCCGGGCCCUUUCGCCCCCCCGCCCCUCCCCCUACUCAACGGGCUAGCCGCGCCGGGGCCCCCCCCGCCCCCAGAUGCCGGUUUCGGCCGGCCAGCGCCCCGGGCGCCCCCCACGCCCUCUUACGGGGGGGGGGUUUACGCCCCGGCGACCCCCCUCCCGCCCCCAUCCCCGUGCGUGUCCCCCGAGCCGGCCUCCGCGCCUCACCCUACCCUGCCCCCAAAAGGGGGGGUUCCGCCCCGGGCCCACCCUCCCCCCCUCACCGUACCGCCGCCCCUGCACCCGGGCCUCACCGCCGGGGACCCACCUCCCCCCCUCCCUUCCCAGGUGGUCGGUUGGGGGAGUACCGCGCCGAGCGCACGCGCCUGCCCCCGACCAUGCACCGCCCCAGGGGACCCCCCCCUUUUGGGCCCCCCCCCCCCCUACUGCCGAGCCCGGCCUUCACGCGUCGUGGUGUCGGUGGAGUACCGCGCCGAGCGCACGCGCCUGCCCGCCGCCAUCACCGACAUGACCGCCUGCCUCUACUGCGAGCCGGCCUUCAGCGCGCUCGUGCGUACCCUACCCUACCGCCCUACUCUAUACAGGUGUCGGUGGAGUACCGCGCCGAGCGCACGCGCCCUGCCCGCCGCCAUCACCGACAUGACCGCCUGCCUCUACUGCGAGCCGGCCUUCAGCGCGCUCGUGCGUACCCUACCCUACCGCCCUACUCUAUACAGGUGUCGGUGGAGUACCGCGCCGAGCGCACGCGCCUGCCCGCCGCCAUCACCGACAUGACCGCCUGCCUCUACUGCGAGCCGGCCUUCAGCGCGCUCGUGCGUACCCUACCCUACCGCCCUUACUCUAUACAGGUGUCGGUGGAGUACCGCGCCGAGCGCACGCGCCUGCCCGCCGCCAUCACCGACAUGACCGCCUGCCUCUACUGCGAGCCGGCCUUCAGCGCGCUCGUGCGUACCCUACCCUACCGCCCUACUCUAUACAGGCUGUCGGUGGAGUACCGCGCCGAGCGCACGCGCCUGCCCGCCGCCAUCACCGACAUGACCGCCUGCCUCUACUGCGAGCCGGCCUUCAGCGCGCUCGUGUCGGUGGAGUACCGCGCCGAGCGCACGCGCCUGCCCGCCGCCAUCACCGACAUGACCGCCUGCCUCUACUGCGAGCCGGCCUUCAGCGCGCUCGUGCGUACCCUACCCUACCGCCCUACUCUAUACAGGUGUCGGUGGAGUACCCGCGCCGAGCGCACGCGCCUGCCCGCCGCCAUCACCGACAUGACCGCCUGCCUCUACUGCGAGCCGGCCUUCAGCGCGCUCGUGCGUACCCUACCCUACCGCCCUACUCUAUACAGGUGUCGGUGGAGUACCGCGCCCGAGCGCACGCGCCUGCCCGCCGCCAUCACCGACAUGACCGCCUGCCUCUACUGCGAGCCGGCCUUCAGCGCGCUCGUGCGUACCCUACCCUACGCCCUACUCUAUACAGGUGUCGGUGUCGGUGGAGUACCGCGCGAGCGCACGCGCCUGCCCCGCCGCCAUCACCGACAUGACCGCCUGCCUCUACUGCGAGCCGGCCUUCAGCGCGCAUCGUGCGUACCCUACCCUACGCCCUACUCUAUAAAGGUGUCGGUGGAGUACCGCGCCGAGCGCACGCGCCUGCACGCCGCCAUCCACCGACAUGACCGCCUGCCUCUACUGCGAGCCGGCCUUCAGCGCGCUCGUGCGUUACCCUACCCUACCGCCCUACUACUAUACAGGUGUCGGGUGGAGUACCGCGCCGAGCGCACGCGCCUGCCCGCCGCCAUCACCGACAUGACCGCUGCCUCUACUGCGAGCCGGCCUUCAGGCGCGCUCGUGCGUACCCUACCCUACCCGCCCCUACUCUAUACAGGUGUCGGUGGAGUACCCGCGCCUGAGGCGCACGCGCCCUGCCCGCCGCCAUCACCGACAGGACCGCCUGUCUCUACUGCGAGCCGGCCUUCAGCGCGCUCGUGCGUACCCUACCCUACCGCCCUACUCUAUACAGGUGUCGGUGGAGUACCGCGCCGAGCGCACGCGCCUGCCGCCGCCAUCACCGACAUGACCGCCUGCCUCUACUGCGAGCCGGCCUUCAGCGCGCUCGUGCGUACCCUACCCUACCGCCCCUACUCUAUACAGGUGUCGGUGGAGUACCGCGCCGAGCGCACGCGCCUGCCCGCCGCCAUCACCGACAUGACCGCCUGCCUCUACUGCGAGCCGGCCUUCAGCGCGCUCGUGUCGGUGGAGUUACCGCGCCGAGCGCACGCGCCUGCCCGCCGCCAUCACCGACAUGACCGCCUGCCUCUACUGCGAGCCGGCCUUCAGCGCGCUCGUGCGUACCCUACCCUACCGCCCUACUCUAUACAGGUGUCGGUGGAGUACCGCGCCGAGCGCACGCGCCUGCCCGCCGCCAUCACCGACAUGACCGCCUGCCUCUACUGCGAGCCGGCCUUCAGCGCGCUCGUGUCGGUGGAGUACCGCGCCGAGCGCACGCGCCUGCCCGCCGCCAUCACCGACAUGACCGCCUGCCUCUACUGCGAGCCGGCCUUCAGCGCGCUCAGUGAUCACAAAAUAGUAAAUGUCGCGCAGGUGGAGAAGCACCGCGCCGUGGUGUCCCGCGCGACGCCGGCGCGAGGCCGCGGGGGCCGCGCGCGCAAGCCCAGCCACCGCAACAAGCAGCCCAAGGACAAGAUGGCGCAGCUCGCAGCCUACUUCGUGUAG